AUGAUGAGCUUCUUCGGAGCAGUUGGCAAGCCUGAAAAAGAAAUCAUGGUACACUCCAACGGUUCGCCGGCUGCUGUCAGUCAAAAUGGCAUGCUGGCUGGCUUCAGCCACCCUAACGAUUCGAACGCCACCACGAUCGUGAAGAAGAACUCGCGCUUGGUACUGGUUGGCGCGUCCCAAGAUGAGAGCCUCAUCCCUCCAUAUGGGUCUUUGCGGCCAGACACUUCUCAGCAAUCUACGAGACCUUCAUCAGGUCGUGUGAGCCGAAAGUCUAGCCGUCAGUCAAUCCGUCCGAGCCCAUCGACGCCCGCCCUACAUGCGAGACUGCAACAAAAGCUUCAGCAGACUCUCAGCAACCAUCCCACUGUAGUCGUCAGGCCAGGUCUCAGGUCUCGUCCAAGUAUUCAGGCCUCGCAACACGAGAUGCCAGAAUGGAUACAGUCCCCAGUAUCGUCAUCACCUUCGACGUAUAAUAGUGGUAGCGGCUCUGCUCCCAAGGGUGCCAACAAAUCCACUCCAGCAACGUCUGACGGCUAUCCCAGUACUCCAACCUCAGUCAGACAUUUCGAAGGCAUCACACUAGUUGAUAGCGAGCAGUCCUUGGUCAUCAACCAAGAAACAGUGGCCUCCAUGCUGUCGACCAUUCCUGAAAGCACAACAGUUCCAUCUCUGUCCGUCAAAACAGUAGAAGCAACAGCAUCCGCCAAGAUCUUUUUCGAAACUCAUUUCAAUACCAUGUUCAACGGCUUCGCUCCCCGCGAAAUUCGUUGGCAGGACCUCAAUGCUGGACUACGACAGCGGCGUGCAUCGACUAGCCAACAGUGUGAAGCCUGGCAGACAUGGUACAAGCACGAAAGUGACAAUCUCAGACUAAGUCGCGUGUUGUCGGUUCCAGAUUUUGGCAACAGGGCAGCCAAGUCUCUCGCCGUUGGAGGUUUUGAGAUGGUCAAGAUUCUCGGCAAAGGCAGUUUUGGCGUUGUUCGUCUUGUCAAAGAGCGAGCACCAACGGGCCGCAAACCCUCCAUGGGUCUCAUCAACUUCCAAUCUCGUUCCAGUCUCAAGGCUUCAGCUGCAGAGAUCAUUGCCCCUUACCGCCAAAAACGUGACCUUUUAAAGCUCAAGAAGGAAGUUUAUGCCAUGAAAGUCAUCCGCAAAUCCGACAUGCUUCGGAAUGGUCAAGAGGGCCAUCUACGAGCAGAGCGUGAUUUUCUGGUGGCUGCGGAGCGCUCAGCGUGGAUCAUCCCGCUCCUUGCUGCAUUCCAAGACAACAAGUUCCUCUAUCUUGUCAUGGACUUCUGCAUCGGAGGAGAUUUCCUUGGUCUCCUCAUCCGCAAGAAUAUCUUGAGUGAGGACGUGACACGAUGGUAUAUGGCGGAGAUGAUCCUUUGUAUUGAGGAAGCUCACAGCAUGCGGUGGAUCCAUCGCGAUGUUAAGCCUGACAACUUCCUUAUCGGCGCCGACGGGCACCUCAAAAUCUCCGACUUUGGCCUUGCUUUCGAUGGCGACUGGGAGCACGACCAGCGUUUCUAUCAUGAUCAACGCUACGAACUCGCUGAACAACUUGGUAUUGAGAUCCGUGGCGACGAACAGGAUGCCGAAGAACAGCGAGAGGCUGUUAACUCUCAGAAAGUUGCGGAGCUGUUUCCACCUACUGACUGCCCGCCCGGUAGGAAGCAUGUUGGCGCGGAAGAAGCCUGUGAUGGCGAGCCGAUCAUUGACUGGCGCAACCGUGCUCAGCGUCGACGCUUAGCCAGGUCUGUUGUUGGUACGUCCCAGUACAUGGCCCCUGAGGUCAUCCGUGGUGACAUGUACGACGGUCGAUGCGACUAG